UUUUAAAAAAAAACACACAACUAAGAAUACACGCGGUAUGACGUCGUCUAUCUUCGUGAUUGCUCUUCUUCUUCUCUCUCUUUCGUCGGCUGUUUUCUCCGAUGACGCGUCUUUUCAGAAACUUCCGGUGCCGGGAAAGAGAUCAGGCCCUGAAUCUUUUGCCUUUGAUUCCACCGGAAAUGGUUUUUACACCGGAGUCUCCGGUGGUAAAAUCCUCAAGUAUACUCCCGAGAAGGGUUUUGUCGACUUUGCCGGAAUCACCAAGACUUCGAAUUCGUCAUGGUGCAAAGGAGUAGUUGGAACCGCAUUGGCCGGGAAAUGUGGACGACCUGCGGGGAUAGCCUUCAAUCCGAAAACAGGUGACCUUUACGUCGCUGAUGCUCCGUUGGGUCUUCACGUUAUCUCUCCUGCCGGAGGUUUGGCCACAAAGAUCGCCGACAGUGUCGACGGAAAGCCCUUCAAGUUUCUCGACGGUCUCGACGUUGAUCCCAACACUGGCGUUGUCUACUUCACUUCAUUCAGUUCUAAGUUCAGCCCCAGCGAAGUGUUUAUCGCAGUAGGAUUAAAAGACGCGAGUGGAAAGCUCUUCAAAUAUGACCCAGCGACCAAAGCCGUGACAGUAUUAAUGGAAAGUCUAAGUGGUGCGGCUGGUUGUGCUGUGAGCUCAGAUGGUUCGUUCGUGCUGGUUAGCGAGUUCAUAAAGAGUAACAUCAAGAGGUAUUGGAUCACAGGACCCAAAGCUGGAACUAUUGAUGACAACUUCUCAAAUUAUGUCUCGAAUCCCGACAACAUCAGGAGGAUUGGUUCUACUGGAAACUUUUGGGUUGCUUCGGUCAAGAACAAGGUCGUCAUGCCAACGGACCCAUCAGCGGUCAAGAUUGAUUCUAAUGGCAAAGUGCUUCAGACCAUUUUCCUCAAGAAUGAGUUUGGGAAUACGUUGCUCAGCGAAGCCAACGAGUUCGACGGCAAACUUUAUAUUGGAACUCUUACUGGACCUUUUGCCGGAGUUAUGAAACUUUAAAUUGGUUUUAAACUCAUGGUUUUACUACCAAUUUUGUGGUCACGUUGAA